AUGAAUUUGUUUCGUCUGUUCUAUAUCCUUCUGCUGUUGGAUCUUUCCUUCCAGAGUGGCUUGAAGAUUAUAAAGUCAAAUGGACAACUAGGACCAGAACCUUGCGCAUUCACUUGCGUCGGAACAACUGGAAGGGAUACAACAAAAUGGAAUGACGAUAGAGCGGGCAAAGUCUGGAUAGACGUGGACAUGUCAGCCUGCAACUUUGUUGAUGUUCCAGUCAUAACAACUACUGUGGAAGGGGCAGCUCACCACGAUUAUUUGGUUGGGACUUCUUCAGUUUUCUUCACAAACAAGAAGGGAUUCAGGAUCCACCUCAUGGGCCAAGUACCUACUGCUUAUCUGCCUAAUGUCACUUGGAAGCCAGUUGCAGAAGAUGCAAAAUCCUCCAGAUCUCAAAACCACAUGAUUUUCCUCCUAUUCCUUCAUAUCUUCCACCAUGUGAACGCUCAGGAGGAUUUAGCUAGAUUCGUCUUAGCAUUAAGAAAUGAAUUCUCAGACACGUGUCCCCCUGUAAAUAAUAUUACGGAUAAACGAGCUUGCUGGCUGAGAAUCUCUCAGCUUACAUUCCCAGGAACACACAACAGUGCAGCUAGAGAUGAUCUGAAACUGAGUUUCUUGAACAUGCCUGUACCAGACUGUAGACAUCAGAACCAGAAACUUACCAUUACUCAGCAGCUGGAACUGGGAGUCAGAUCCCUGGACAUUGAUGUGGCGUAUAGACAGGCUGCUGGGUCAAGAGUGAAGGAUAAUGCAGUUGUAACACACUGUGCAGGUUUGUGCGCUUAUGGAGUGAAACUAGAGUCUGUCCUUACAGAAAUAGCACAAUUUUUGGAUAAGAACCAGCAUGAAAUUCUGAUGAUACGGAUAGUAGACUUCAGUGUUGACAGUGAGGCACAUAGAAUGUUACUAACUCAGGCAAUAGUGGAGCUGGUCAGAGAUACUAUUGGCAUCAGGAGACUAAACUAUCACACCGAUCCUCUGGUGUUAUCUGCUUUGGUCAUGAAACGAAAUGUUUUCUUCUACAUUAACACAGAUCUCUGGUUUCACAUCAAGAGAAUCAAAUACACAUUACGAGAGAUGAGAAAGUUCAUCCGGCCACACAAACAUCUGGCAACUUGGUGGCAGCUACAUCAUCACAUUUACUAUACAUGUGACCUGAAAACGGGUUCAAUAAAUUACUUCAAUAAUUCCAAGAACCAGGAGCUCAUGCAAAGCUUCCCUUGGUUACCCAUCAUUUCAGAUUGGUAUGAUCCAGGCACAGAGAUGGGAAUCUGUUUGACAGACUCAGCUGAGGAGUGUAGAGAAACUGUUGGGGUCAACAUUCAGUUAACUCAUUACUUACAGCACAACUUUAACAGAACGAUAAACCUACUGAUGACCGACUUUACAGGAGUGGAUACCAUUGAGACUGCUCGUCAGAUGAAUCUUCUUAACAUUGAAGUUUUCAUUGAAAACAAACAGGGGUAUCUCAGUUUCGAUGUAGCACACUCACACCAUAUGACAAAGUACCCUUUCGGAGAGUCAGAGAAGUAACAUAGCAUAGUAAAAGAAAGAUUACUGCAAAAAAAGUUCAUUGAAAAGAUACAUAUUGAUUCGGUUAAAAACCGGAAAGUUAAAUCAAAAAAUUAAAAACUGAAUUUAUGUGCAAUGAUCAGCACAACUGAACUAUACGAUUCGAUAUAAUAUUAUCAAUGUAAAAUUUAAUAUGAUGAAACAUAAACAAAAAUUUGAGAAUUAUCCAUUAUCGUUUUUAGCAGGAUUUUCUAUUCGAUGUCCAAAC